ACUUUCAUCGGUUUGUUGUUCUUCCUCUCUCUCUCUCUAUCUCUCUCUCCUUCGUGGUGUCGUCGCCUCUCAUCCAAGCUUUAGCGAGGGAAGAGAUUCAGGCCGUGAUGAUGGGGAAAGGAGGCGAGGCCGCGGCGUCGGCGCAGCACAAGGAGGAGAAUGAGGAAGAGGGCGACAUGGUUGGCGUGGUGAAGCUGAUUAGCGCCGAGGGUUUCGAGUUCGUCAUCGACAAGAAGGCAGCCAUGGUCUCCAACACCCUUAGGAACAUGCUCACCUCACCUGGUGGCUUCGCGGAGACGCGCGAGGGCGAGGUGAGGUUCCCGGAGAUCAGCACCGCGAUCCUAGAGAAGAUCUGCCAGUACUUCUACUGGUCGCUCCACUACGCCAGUGGGAAAGAGACGGCGGAGUUCCCGAUCGAGCCAGAAAUAACCCUGGAGCUGAUGAUGGCCGCAAACUACCUCGACACUUAGCCUGGAAAACUUCAUGGUUGACAUGAUGAAUCCAUCGUCCAUUUGGGUUCACUUAGUAGAAAACGUGAUGUUCCACCAUUGUGCUUGCCUUGUCUUGUAAUAAUAGUAAACUACUCCCUCGGUUCCUAAAUAUAAGUCUUUUAAAAGAUUUCACUAGGGGUCUACAUAUGAAGCAAAAUGAAUGAAUAUACAUUUUAAAGUAUGUCUAUAUACAUCCGUAUAUAGUCCAUUAGUGAAACCUUUAAAAAGACUUGCAGGAACGGAGGGAGUAGUAAGGUUGCUUGCGAAUUGCGAUGGAUGUAUUGCACAGUUAUCAGCAGGAAUCUGUCGUUACUGGACCUAA